CCCUUUACUCCAGCCGCCGCCUCUCGUGUUUCCGCCCCUGGUGCUGGCAGGUCGGCCAAUCCGGACACAGCCGGUAUCGCGGAGCUGCACUGGGCGCGGGCUGCCAUCGCACUCGCUUUCUUUCUCUCGCCCCUUCACAUUCGCCUGAGAGGCGGCGGCCUCCCCUCGCCCCCUUUUUCUUCUUUCUCUUCGCCGGACAGCCGGUUUCUGUUUUCCCAUUGCCUAAUGAUGUGAUUUGCAGGCUCUGCAUAGAUUUGUUGAAAAGUUGGACUUGAUUCUCUGGCAUUGGCACCUAAUGCGGUUCCAGAAAAGUAUGUUCAGGAUCUCUGGUGUUCCAAGCCAAAGAUAAAUCUCUAACAUCUGUCAACUCUUACUUUCUUUAUCUUGUGCAAGCCUUUUCAGAUAAAUUCUAACAAUGGCAGAAGCCCAUCAAGCAGUUGCGUUUCAGUUUACCGUAACCCCAGAUGGAAUUGAUCUGCGCAUGAGCCAUGAAGCUCUCAGGCAGAUCUAUUUGUCUGGUCUCUACUCUUGGAAGAAGAAAUUUAUCAGAUUCAAGAAUGGCAUAAUCACGGGCGUCUAUCCUGCUAGUCCAUCCAGUUGGCUUAUCGUUGUUGUAGGAGUUAUGUCAACAAUGUAUGCCAAAAUAGAUCUUUCAUUGGGAUUGAUAUCUAAAAUCAACCAGACCCUUGAUACAACUGGCUAUAUGUCCAACCAAACGCAGAAUGUUGUCAGUGGGGUUCUCUUUGGGACAGGGCUCUGGGUAGCCCUCAUUUACUCAAUGCGCUAUACGCUGAAGAUGCUGCUUUCCUACCAUGGGUGGAUGUUUUCUGAACAUGGCAAACUUUCUACGGGAACCAAGCUAUGGAUGACUCUGGUGAAGCUUUUCUCAGGUCGCAAGCCAAUGCUGUACAGUUUUCAGACAUCUCUGCCACGUCUUCCUGUUCCAGCUGUUAAAGAUACAAUAAAUAGGUAUUUGGAAUCAGUUCAUCCACUUAUGAACGAUGAAGAGUUUAAAAGAAUGGAAGGCCUUGGCAAAGAUUUUGCAGUUAAUCUGGGACCAAAGCUACAGUGGUAUUUGAAGCUGAAAUCCUGGUGGGCUACAAACUAUGUUAGUGAUUGGUGGGAAGAAUACAUUUACCUUCGAGGGCGUGGACCUAUCAUGGUUAACAGUAAUUACUUUGCAAUGGACUUUUUGUAUUUUACUCCCACCACUGUGCAGGCAGCUAGAGCUGGCAAUGCUAUCCAUGCCAUCCUGCUGUAUAGAAGAAAACUGGACAGACAGCAAAUCCAGCCAAUUCUUCUGAUGGGAUCCACUGUUCCACUCUGCUCAGCUCAAUGGGAGAGGAUGUUUAAUACCUCCCGUAUUCCAGGAGAGGAAACAGACACUAUCCAGCAUUUAAAAGACAGCAAACACAUUGUUGUGUUCCAUAAGGGAUGCUAUUACAAAGUAUGGCUGUACUAUGAUGGCAGACAGCUGAAACCCCGGGAGAUCGAACAGCAGAUGCAGUGGAUUCUAGAUGCCAAAUCAGAGCCCCAACCCGGUGAAGAGAAGUUAGCUGCUCUUACGGCAGGAGACAGAGUUCCUUGGGCUAAAGCUCGCCAGACGUAUUUUGCACGUGGAAAGAACAAGCAGUCUUUGGAUGCUAUUGAAAAGGCAGCUUUCUUUGUGACUUUGGAUGACACUGCUCAGGGUUACAGGGAAGAAGAUCCAGUGACAUCGAUGGAUGCCUAUUCCAAGGCACUUCUACAUGGCAAAUGCUAUGACAGGUGGUUUGACAAAUCGUUCACUCUUAUAGUGUUCAAGAAUGGUAAAAUGGGCCUGAAUACUGAGCAUUCUUGGGCAGAUGCUCCUAUUGUUGGACAUCUUUGGGAGAAUGUCAUGUUAUCUGACUGUCUUGAACUGGGCUAUACAGAAGAUGGACAUUGCAGAGGAGAAGCCACUUCAGGCAUUCUUAUGCCUACCAGACUGCAGUGGGAAAUCUCUGAAGAAUGCCAAGAAGUGAUCGAGGCAUCCUUGGCCAUUGCAAGGCCUCUAGCAGAGGAUGUGGAUUUUCAUUCAUUUCCUUUCAACACAUUUGGGAAAGGAUUAAUGAAGAAAACAAAAACUAGUCCUGAUGCAUUCGUGCAACUUGCGCUGCAGCUUGCUCACUACCGGGACAUGGGAAAAUUUUGCUUAACAUAUGAAGCAUCUAUGACCCGCCUAUUCAGAGAAGGUAGAACAGAAACAGUUCGUUCAUGUACUAUCCAAUCAUGCAAAUUUGUGCAAGCUAUGGAUGACUCAGCUGAAAGUCUUGAAAAGAAGCGUGCCCUUUUCAAAGCAGCUGCUAAUAAUCAUCAGCAUUUGUAUCGUCUUGCCAUGACUGGCGCUGGCAUUGAUCGUCAUCUUUUCUGCCUUUAUGUGGUGUCCAAAUACCUUGCUGUUGAUUCUCCUUUCCUUAAGGAAGUUUUGGCAGAACCCUGGAGACUUUCAACCAGUCAAACACCCCAACAGCAUAUUGAUUUGAAUAAGAAUCCUGGAAUGGAGUCCAGUGGUGGAGGCUUUGGACCUGUUGCUGAUGAUGGUUAUGGAGUGUCUUACAUAAUUGUGGGUGAUGAUCUCAUCAGUUUCCAUGUAUCCAGCAAAUUUUCUUGCCUUGAAACUAAUUCCCAUCGCUUUGGGAGAAACAUUGAACAAGCAUUGUGUGACAUCCGUAACUUGUUUGGUCUUGGCAAAAACUCUACCAAGUGAUUCCCUAACAGCAGGUUGACCAGUCACCCUGUCUUGGAGCAUGAGAACUCUUCUGAUCAGUGACUGAAAACAAGGCAUGCUAAGCAGCAAUCCAUUCAAGGGUAUACACAAGCUUUCUUGUGAGCUGUUUGGAUCCAUCACUGCAAUUGUUCAGAGAGGUUCCCCCCUCCCCCAAGAAAUGACACUUGAUAUUCUCUGUAUUAGUAGGAGAGCUGCAAGUUGACAACGUUUAUUCUAGGCUUGUCUUAAUCUGAUGUACACUUGAUCAUCUCUUUCUUUAAAAUAUGUCUACUUGUAUUCUGUAAAUUAAGGGAUGUAAUGUGUCUAUUCCAAUCUCAUGUCAUCAGAAAAAUCUGACUUGAAAUGUACCAGUAGCAGACCAUCAGCUUAUCUAUUUGUUGCUUCUUUCAUCAGUAAGUGAUAAAGUAAGUCACAACAUGGGGCAUUCACUUUAAAGAAAAAUAUUUCAAUAAGCUGAAUAUCAAAUAAAAAAUCUGGCGUAUAUAAUGAAAUGCGCUAAGAGGGAAAUGCUGCUUGGAACUAAGCAUGUGCUGCCAUAGGUCAGUGGUAACAUAUUUGCUAUAUCUAAAACAAUGGCAAUUAAGACUUUUCAUUUAGAUUAGCUCGUAAUUGUCUGCUAAAUUUGGAAAGCAGAAUUGCUGAGCUUGAGAAACAGAGUUACUGAAUUCACAAUCAUUUCUCUAAGUAUAAUAUAACCAGGUAAAAAUAUGCACAUUUCUACAUGGUGUGGUAUAUAAGAGGUCCCAUAAGAAAUUUCCUGUAAGACAGAAUAAUUCCUACAGUAUUUCAAAAAAAAAAAAAAAAAAAAUUCAAGAGAACUGUCAUUUUUGCCUCAAGUGGUCAGUGAAAAUUGUCCCGUUCAUAACCUCUUCCUGCACUUCAAGAUGUUAGCUGUCACACCUUUUAGACAAUCCACAAUACAAGGAACGUUCAACCUAAUUGAUACAAUGCAGUUUGACCACCCUCAUGCCUUAACUCCCAUCUCAUGUGCAAUCAUAGAAAAUGGCAAAGGUCUUUAAUAUAAUAUCUGACACUUGGAUAAGUCCAGGGAGCUAUCUGGAUUACCAUAGUCAGAUACUUUAAAAACAAAAACUAGAAGGCAUGACAAAUCAUGAAUUACAUUACUAGAUAAUGUGUAACAGUAAUUACAACAAAAAGGAUACUGGGAGCUAAUGACCAUCAGAAAAUUCACCAAAAAGCCUGAAAAUAUUAACAUUACAAACAUUUAACAGCAAGGUAUUCUAGGCAGUUCAGCAAUUACAACUACUUCUCCAAAUUAGAUGGCUACAAUGAGAGAGAUCAUGCAGCAUAUUCAGACAUUUUAAUCGAAAUAAUCCUGAUACUUCAGAGUUUUUAAUAACUAGAACAUUAGUUAUUAAACAAAUUAGGGAAGUAUCUUUCUGGCCUAAGGAUGUAGCAUGUGAACAAUUUCUUUGUUAUUCAACAUCUUGGCUUGAGGUAUUAAAGAUCAUAUGCAUUGUUCUGUAAAUGAAUAUUGGAGUUCAAGACCCCCUAUAGGAGUGGGUGAAACAUGUUUUAUGUGAUCAGCUACAGUAAAUGGGCAAGAAAAUUAUGGGGGGGAAUGAAACAUUAGAUGUCAUGCUGCAUUCUGACAAAGUACUCCAGGAAAUUAAGAGUCAGUGUUUUUGGAGCUUUGUGCAUACACUAUAUUGACCACUGAACAAUCUCUAUUAAUUUUUAGAUAAUCUUUUUUAUUAAGUACUUAGCUUUGACUCAGGUUUUAGAUGUUUCAAAUGUAAUCAUAGUUAAUUGGCACAUUAUCAAUGCAACGUUUCAUUCUUUAAGGGAAUGUGAAGGCUGAAGAGUUCUGUGUCAUGUUUUUUAUUUGACACAAUUUCUAAAUUUGGUUUGUAUCCUCUUAGAAUGUCAACUGCAUGUAAAUAAUGUUUCUUUGGUUGUAAAUCUUUAAACGCACAGUAAAUGUAGAGUAUCCUUAAUAAAGAAAUUAAUAUUA